CUCCCUGUCCCCAGUCUGAGUGACCGGCGCCUGCUCUCGGGUCCUGUCCACCCGGGGUGACGGCCGCCCGGCCCCAUUAACCCUGCUGCCUUGCUCAGCACGGUUCCUGUCGCACGUCUGAAUUCUUUCUUGGGUGAAGACGAGAACCUACCCCAUCCAUCUCCACUAACACUAAGGGCCCCACGGAAGGGCCACGCAGAGAUUCAAGUGCGCCGCGGCAAGUGGCCUUGUCUUGGGGCCCCUUCUAGCCGGGCGUGGCCGGCUGCAUCCGGUUCCUUCCGGAACCGCCAGUGGCAGGGCCACCGUUGCGUGUCACCUCUGCCAGGCCCUGGACAGAUCGCAGGCACCAAGCCCCGCGGGAAGCAAAGCCGCGGAGCGUGGUCACUCCCACACCUGCGGGUCUGGGCACUGGCUGCAGCGGCCUGACCACACCGGGGACUCCUGCGGACACGGGAGGGGGGCGGGGGCGCGCGGCCAGGCUCCGGGUGGGGCGGCGGGAGUCCCCGGGAACUUCCGGGCCAAGCCCGAGUCCCCAGGCCAGGGCGGCUCAGGGCGCGGGGCCCAGAGCGAAGGCCGGAGCCCAGGCAGGGCCACCGCCCAGCGACCGCCCACAGGGCACGCAGCCGCCCGGCCUUCUCCGCGGCUGUGCGGCGGGAAGGGGCUGGACUGCCGGGCAGAGAGCGAAUCAGCUUCCGUCUGCCCGCGCAGGGGCGGGGCAACACCUGAGUGACGUGGGUCCCCACCAGCCUGCGCCCUAGCCGGCCAGGGGCAGUCCCGUGGGCGGGGCUCCUGGGACACCCCGGAGAAGAGGCCUGCCCCGCCUGCCCUGAGGCUUCUAGAACCUUCCGGGCCUCCUGAGGCGUGAGUGGCCGAGGUUCAAGUUCCUGCAGGAAACCAUGUUGCCCCUGGCCUUACUUCUCACCAUGAUGUUCCCCCUGGUGGAGAGCAACGUCACUACCUCCAGGGAACUGUGGGUGGAAACUAACAUCACUACCUCCAGGGAACCAUGGGUGGAUAGCAGCGUCACUACCUCCAGGGAACCAUGGGUGGAUAGCAGCGUCACUACCUCCAGGGAACCAGGGCUGGAGAGCAAUGGCAGUAAUGCCAUUGAACCGCGUUGGAGAUUUAAUAUGCAAUGCUUUAACUGUCUGGAAAUAAACAACUUUAAUUGUGUAGGACGAACAACCUGUCCCUUUCACAUUAGGCGCUGCCUGACAGUGUCCAUGCGACUGAACUCUCGUGAAAUGCUUAUUUACAAGAACUGUACAUUCAACUGCUCAUUUGUAUAUGCUCUUCAUGAGCCUCCUGAAGCACCAAAAAUUAACUUUAUCACGAAUGCUUAUUAUUUUGUUCGCUGCUGCAAUAGCCUCUACUGCAACGAAGGAGGCCCCACGAACCUGGAGCGGGACAUAAUGCCCGAUACUGCCAUUGAGGAGCCGCUCCCAGAGAGUGCAGUCCGACUGGGGGCCUCGCAGCUCUUCCUGAGCCUGGUCUCCAUCGUAGUCAGCAAUCUACUGACCCGAGAACCUCUCCUGGGAUGGUCGACCCUUCUUGCCUGUCCCUCAUAGCGAUUUUACUCUCCGUUUCCCUCUUAUGAGCCAGAGACUGAUCUGCUGGGCCCAGAUGGCUCAUGUCUGCUUUAUUUCAAGAGAGAAAUUAAAAGUAAUUAUUUACACAAAUGGUCAUGAACGUAGUUUGCUUGCACAUGCUCAGGAUCUG